GGUUCGCGCGUCGACAGGCGUAUCGGUUGCCGGAAUUGAUUUGACUGGUGAGAACGGGAGCUGGGGCAGCCUCUACUGUCAGUUUAUGAAGCGCACACAGCUGUAGAGGCUUGUGUGCCGAAAAGCGUGAUUGCUAGUGUCUUACUGACGCUAGCAAGCACAGAGAACGCGGCGCAACCUGGCUAUAUAUACGUGCCCCCGCAGCUCUUGACCGUGCUAGCAGCUCGCUGGACGCCGGCCCAGCCGCCGCACACGACGCGAGCUCUGUGUUGCGCUCCGGUCGCGAGCAAUAGCAGCAAACUCAAUCACCAGUUUCUAACCUGCAUCAGCCUGUUGCGGGGACCGUCCGCGCAUAACUAAGCUGUUUAAGCCUGUUGCGGGACAAUCCAGACACAACCGAAAAUGAUGAGACUUCUACUCGCCUCCACACUAAUCCACGUCGCCGCCGCGCUGGUGCCGCCCAGCACCACCAAGGCCCACACGUACCGCCCGUCGACGCACAGCACCAAGGGACGGAUCUGCCAAAAUUCGAGCCCGCCGACGAACUGGGAGCUCGGCGAGCGCACGCGCGUCAAGCUUGUCCCGGGGGCGCAGCCAAAAAAGCUCCGGAAGAAGCAACGCCGAUCUCGCUCGCCGAUGCUCUACCCCUGUGAGACGGAGAACGGGGAAGAAUGCUGGCUCCACGUGCCCGCGGGGCAGUCGCACCUCUCGGAAAGAAAAGAUGAGAUCCACGCCUACGUGACGGACUGCGAGGAAAUCAACCAGUGACACCUUCGUGGGCCUCCACGCCAUCGAGUAGACGCGAUGGCGUCUGGCGCCUAAAAUUGACUUCCACACAGGUGACGGAGGUAGACGUCGACGACGCCGAGGGCGAUAUUCUUGUGCUGUCGCCGACGCGCUCCGAACAAACCGACAGAGCACCUGUCUCAGGGCCGCCGCACGGCGGUCGUUUAUUGGAUAAGCUGGCGAAGAACGAUCCCAUCGAGGGAACUGUAUUGCGCAUGCUGACCAAGGACGUGGCCCUCGUCGCCUGCCGCGGCGUCUACCGCAAGGCCGCGUCAGGAUAUAGAAGACAGGCGGCCGUGCUCCGGGAGGCGAGUGAUUUGGCCGUGGGCGACACGGUCAACUGCUACGUGCGGCUCGUCGAGAAGAGCUCGGGCCGCCUCACGGUGUCGAGGGAACGCGUCGACACGGGCUCGCUGCGCAAGGAGCGCGUCGCCGCGCGCCUGCGCAAGAAGAUCAAGCGCGGCACGCUCGCUCCUGGCAAACAACGCGUCGCGACCGUCGUCAACUACGUGGGCGAUUUUCUACAAGUGGACGCCGGCGGCAUUCUUGCCGACAUCGAUGCACCCGACGAGGAGGACUUCUCGGAGGGCGACCGCAUCAUGGUCCGCAUCGAAAGCGUCGAUGAACAGGCGCUGACGGCGACGCUGUCAUACGUGGGUCUUGACGAGCUCGAGGAAGGCUUGGAGGAGUAAGCUUGUACAGUAAUACUUUUGUAGCAUAGGCGCGCGUCGUCCGGCGAACGCGCGAUCGGC